AUGUCCCCAAGGCUCAGUGUGGAGGAUGCGGAGGUGACCAUGGUGCCACUAUCAGCUCAGAGCGCCCAGCGGGAGCAGAACUGGGGCAUCCCCGAGUGCCGCUGGCGGCUGCUCCGCACCUGGGCGCGCCUGGCCGGGGGCCGCGGGGGCCGCCGCGCCGCCCCCGAGGAUGACGAGGGCGGGUUCCGGGGGGGCUCGCGGCGGCGGCUCGGCGGGGCGGCCCCGGCGGCGGCCCCGGGGGGCGAGGCGGGAGCGGGCGAGGCGGGAGCGGGCGGCGGGGAGCGGCCGCCGGGCGCGCAGGGGCUGCGGAACCACGGCAACACCUGCUUCAUGAACGCCGUGGUGCAGUGCCUGAGCAACACGGCGCCGCUGGCCGAGCGCCUGGCGCUGGGCCGGUACCGCGCCCGCGGAGAGGUCACGCACCGGCUGGCGGCCCUGGUCCGGGCGCUCUGGACCCGCGAGUACACCCCGCAGCUCUCCGCCGAGUUCAAGAACAUCGUCUCCAAGCACAGCUCGCAGUUCCGGGGCAAUGCUCAGCACGACGCGCUCGAGUUCCUGCUCUGGCUGCUGGACCGAAUGCACGAGGACCUGGGCGCCGCCUCCCCGGCCCAGCAGAGCCGCGGCCCCGCGCAGCCUGGCAAGGACGGAAGCAGCGGUGCCAGCAGGUCCCCCCCUGGCACCCAGCACCCCCCUGGGCAGAGCUUUGUGCAGAGCCACUUCCAGGCCCAGUACAGGUCCUCCCUGACGUGCCCUCACUGCCUGAAGCAGAGCAACACCUUCGACCCCUUCCUGUGCAUCUCGCUGCCCAUCCCGCUGCGCCAGACCAGGGCUCUGAACGUCACCCUGGUGCUGCAGUGCGAGCGCUGGCGCUUCGUGCGGGUGGGCCUGGCCGUGCCGCUGCUGGGCACCGUGGCCGAUCUGCGGGAGAUGGUGGCGCGGGAGGGCCGCGUCCCCGCCGAGCAGGUGAUCCUGGCCGAGGUGUCCCCGCGGGGCCUCCUGCGCUCGCUGUCCGACGCCGAGGCGCUGCGGGCGGCCGGCGAGGCCGCGCCCGUCUACGCUUUCCAGCCGCCGCCCGCCCGCCGCGCAGGGUGUCCACGCAGCCUCCCCACAUCCCCCGCAGUGCCACGGCCGGACGGGCCGCGCUUGCUGUCCAGCGCUGCCCGCUCCUCCGACUGCCUGCACCGCGCGCCCGGUGGCCGCAUCCUGCUGCUGCUCUGCAACACGGCGGGCACGGGGCCGCAGCUCGCCAGGUUCGGGCCACCGCUGGUGCUGCGGGAGGAGCGCGGCAUCUCCUGGGAGCAGCUGCAGCAGAACAUCCUGGCCCAGCUGAGGGGGGUCCUGCGGGGAGAGGUCCGGCCACAGGGCACAGGAGCCCUUUUCCGAAUCCGCCUGGCCGGGGGCUCGGCCCCCUGCACCUACCUGUCCCCUCAGGAUCCCCGUCCUCUCUGCCACCCUGCCAUCGACAGGGCCCUGCAGCUGUGCGGGGCCGGGGGCCCUCCCCACGUGAAGCUGACGGUGGAGUGGGACAUGAGCACCAAAGAGCGGCUGUUUGGGAGCAUCCAGGAGGAGGUGGUGCAGGAUGCAGAGAGCGUGAGGCGGCAGCAGCAGGCGCACGGGCAGCAGCACAGCUGCACCCUGGAUGAAUGCUUCCAGCUCUACACCAAGGAGGAGCAGCUGGCCCCGGAUGAUGCCUGGCGCUGCCCGCACUGCAAGGUGCCCCAGCAGGGCACGGUGAAGCUCAGCCUGUGGACGCUGCCCGACAUCCUCAUCAUCCACCUGAAGCGCUUCCGGCAGGUGGCCGAGCAGCGGCACAAGCUCACCACGCUGGUGAGGUUCCCGCUGCGGGGGCUGGACAUGGCCCCGCAUGUGGCACAGCGGGGCCAGCCCGGGGGGCAGCUCCUGGGGCGCUGGGUGCCCUGGCAGCCCACCCUGUGCCUGCCCCCGGGCUGCCCCCGCGACCACCUGUACGACCUGUACGCCGUCUGCAACCACCACGGCAGCAUGCAGGGUGGCCACUACACCGCGUUCUGCUGCAACGCCCUGGACGGGCGCUGGUACAGCUACGACGACAGCCGGGUGGAGUGGGUGCGCGAGGCCGAGGUGAGCACCCGCAGCGCCUACAUCCUGUUCUACCAGCGCCGCCGCGCCGCCGGCUCCGGCACGGGUGAGCCCCAGAUCCCUGCUCCCACACCCUGGCACUGCCGCGUGCUCACACACAGCCCCACGUACCUGCUGCACCAUCCCUACAUGUGUGUGCACCCUCAGCCCACCCUGUCCCACCCCCAGCUCACCCCCAGCCCAUCCUGUCCUACCCUGUCCCACGCCCCGCUCCCCGCGCUGGGUCCCCCCGGCCCACGCCCGCCGCUCCCCGCAGGCUCCGCCAGAGGGCACUGGGUGUUCCGCCUGGCCGCCUCCGAGCCCCGCGCCGACCCCCGCACCGACCCCGACCCCUCGGGCUCCGUCGCCGCCCCGGAGAACGGCGGGUUCGAGGCGCGGCCCUCGGUGCGGGGUCUGCAGGGACUGCACGGUCGCAGCCUCAGCGUCCGGACCGUCCCCGCCGGACCCGCGGGACAGGGGGAGCCGGGCGCCCCCCGCGCCCCUCGCCGGCUCCGCCGGGCCGCCAGCGCCGAGGGGACCCCGCGCCGGCCGCCGCCAGGAGCCGGCAGCAGCCCCGGGGCCGCGGGGCCGCGGGGGGACGCGAAUGUGCCCCCGGGCCGCUGCCCCCCCGGCCCCUCGGCGCUGGGGCGGUCGCGGAGCUCGGCCAGCCUGCCUCCCCGGGCCGAGGGGGCGCUGCGCAGAUCCGCCUCGCUGGGCAGGGCCGCGGCGGGGCCGCCCCUGGCCCGCGGUCCCCCCGGGGCCACCCUGCAGCGGGGCCGGCAGCCCCCCGGGCCCCUGCGGCCCUCGGCCGUGCCCGAGUCCAGCUUCUGA